GUCUUCUCUGCGAGCGCGCCGCAUCUCUGGGAAUUUGGUCCAAUUAGAAACAAAAAGAAUCGAAAUUCUUUUGAUUUUUUUUCCUUCGCUCGGUUUAUUCUAACAGUUUCUUGUUUUUGUUUCCUGAAGUAUUUCCAGUCAGUGUUUUGAAUCUGAUCUUGUCUGAUAUAUAGACAGAUCCAUUCAUCUCUUCAGUUUAUCCAUACUCCUAAAUACGCCUAAAUAAACUCAAGGAAUCAGUUUCUGUGAAGAAUUCCGGACCUUUUUUUUUACUGAAGGAUUUUACAGGCAUCCAGCCACAUCUUCAUAAGUAUGAAACAACCCACCACCAGAACGGAGAUGAGCCGUUUCAACAUCUCUCCUGAGGAAGACAGCAGCAGCUCCAACAGCAAUGAAUACACCUACCCGGACCCAAAGAAGGUCCCACUGAGCGGACAAUACUCUGACAAUGAUGCAGAGAGUCAGAACUUCCUCCCUGAACAGAACUUGGGCAAGAAGAAGUAUGAGACUGAAUAUCACCAAGGCAAUGCCUCCUUUGGCAUGUCUGUCUUCAACCUGGGCAACGCCAUCAUGGGCAGUGGCAUCCUGGGUCUUUCCUACGCUAUGGCAAACACUGGCAUCGCUCUGUUUGUGAUUCUCCUCGUGGCCGUCGCCAUCUUCUCCUUGUAUUCUGUCCACCUGCUGCUGAAGACGGCCAAUGAAGGAGGUGCACUGGUGUAUGAGCAGUUGGGUUACAAAGCCUUCGGGAUGCCGGGGAAACUCGCUGCUUCCUGCUCCAUCACCAUGCAGAACAUCGGAGCAAUGUCAAGCUACCUCUACAUCGUCAAAUAUGAGCUGCCCAUUGUCAUUCAGUCGUUUCUGGGACAAAACAACAAUGAAUGGUACACUAACGGUGACUACCUGGUGCUGCUGGUGACGCUUGUCAUUAUUCUGCCCCUGUCACUGCUCAGAAACUUGGGUUACCUUGGUUACACUAGUGGUCUCUCCCUGCUCUGCAUGGUGUUCUUUCUGAUAGUGGUGAUCAUCAAGAAGUUCCAGAUCGCGUGCCCUCUGCCCACUGACGGCAACACUACCUUUGCCCACAUAAACACUACCGCUGUGGACUACAGCGAGGACGUUUGCACUCCAAAAUACUUUGUUUUCAACUCUCAGACUGUCUAUGCGGUUCCCAUCCUGACCUUCGCCUUUGUGUGCCACCCUGCCAUCCUGCCCAUGUACGAGGAGCUCAAAGACCGUUCCCGCAGAAAGAUGCAGGGCGUUGCUAAUGUGUCCUUUCUGGCCAUGUUCAUCAUGUACCUGCUGGCUGCCCUUUUCGGAUAUCUGACCUUCAACGUGCACGUGGAGCCUGAGCUGCUGCACACUUAUUCCAAGGUCUACGACUCUGAUGUGAUCCUGCUGAUCGUCCGUCUGGCCGUGCUGACCGCUGUCACCCUCACCGUCCCUGUGGUGCUUUUCCCUAUUCGUACCUCCGUCAACCAUCUCCUGUGCGCCUCCAAGGACUUCAGCUGGAUCCGCCACACCGUCAUCACUGUGGCACUGCUCGCCGGCACCAACGCCCUGGUCAUCUUUGUCCCCACCAUCAGAGACAUUUUUGGUUUCAUCGGCGCUUCUGCUGCUGCCAUGCUCAUCUUCAUCCUGCCCUCGGCUUUCUACAUCAAACUGGUCAAGAAGGAGUCCAUGAAGUCUGUGCAGAAGAUCGGGGCCACCGCUUUCUUGCUGUGCGGCUUCGUGGUCAUGGUCGGCAGCAUGAGCCUCAUCAUCCUGGACUGGAUCCACAAUGCCACCGCUAGCCCGGACGCACACGCUGACGGACACUAAAGCGCCACCUCUCCUGCUGCGGCCUGCCAAGAAGAGAGGAGGCUCACAGCGCCGAACUGCUAUGACCACACAACCAACGAAGAUCCAAACCUAUCAGAAAAGAAGAAAAACACAAGAACUCACUUGAUGCUCGGCUUUGACUUGACCCGAGCAGCAAACCAUGCCAUUCCAAGAGAAUGUAUCCGAACUUUGUACAGUAUGCUGUUAUAGGCCACACAGAUGGUAUUUUACUUGUUUUUUCUCUUUUAUUGUAACAUUUUUUUCAUUGCUGUUUUUUUUCCCUCGUUUUUAUUUUUAGUGUUUUUUUAUGUUAUGGUACAGCUGAAAACAAAUAUAUGACGGUGCCUCAAAUCAGUGAUGACAUCUAGUCGUAGAGUUUAAAAUGCAGCUUACACUCAGGUACAAUGUUAUGCGUAUGCGAGUGUGGCUGUGACCUCAGAGGCCGGCAACAACAAAUCCUGCUUAGGAAAGUACAUGAGUCUCCCCAAGAUUAACAAGAGGCAACAGACUUGAAAGUUUAUCCUCCUCAUGGACGUUCCUUUCGACAUCUGCUGUUUUUUUCCCCCGUUUUUUACUUUGCCAAAAAUGUAUUUGUAAAGCAUCUUUGUAUAUUGAAAAGCACUUACUGUUCAGCACACUUGUGGAGAAAAGAAAACAGACUGUCAGUUUUCACAGGCGAGGCCUACUACACCGCCUAUUCAGUAUUUGUGCAAAGGUUUUGUGAUCUUGCUUAUAGUGUCAGCUUUCCUUGUAAAACAUAGCAUAAGUCAACAAAACCUGCCUUGUCAAACCCAACACUGGGAGCUGCAGAGUAUCCCACAAGAGGACUCUUUCUCUGUAUUUACUCUUUAUAACCUGCUGAAGAUCUUGUUGGAAUAGCGUGUGCAGCGACGACACUACUGCUUCAAGAACUGGAGGCCGCCGAGCCUCCAGUUCCACCUCCCCAUUCAGGGGAGGGGGGAACUUAAAUUUUUUCUUUAUGGGAGAAUACUUUGAAUUUGACCACAUGCAGUGGUUGUAAUGUACCUGUUAAACUUGCAAAAAUAACAAAAAAGUCGAGUGGGCUCUUUAACGCAGACAAACCAAACGACAGCAAAGAAAGCGAAGGAGAGCAUCUGUCACAAUAUUUUGAGUGUUUUUACGCACAGUUGUGCAGUUUUCUGCUUUCAAAGUGUUUCACAAUGAAGAACUCCAUCGCUCGGCGUGGACUUGUUUCCUGUCGAGUCGUGAACCUGUCAUCUGACGGUGCACUGUGCUUCCAACACUAACUUAACACACCACCAAACUGUUACUGUCCAACAUCUAUUUAUGGAAGACCGUGAAAUCAAUGUAAUUUAAUCUAUUUUAUUAUAUUUAUAUAAUAUUGUAUGUAUAUAUAUAUAUGUAUAUAUAUCUAUUGAGUUCAACUGUAUAUAGGCUUUGUUUUGUUUGAACUUUUUUUUUUAUUACAAAAUUCCAUUGGAGCUGUAAAACAAAAACGAAAAAACCCCAAGCUGGAGAAUUUGUGAUAUCGAAUUGUCUCCGAUACACUGGAGAGUCAACUGUUCAUCUCUGUUAAGACUGACUGAAUUAUCCUACUGUGUUGAUUCUGUGAAAACUGUGUUACAUGUGGAAAUCACUGAUACAGCGGCAGUCUUUUUUCCUUUUUCGCCCCUGAACGCAAACUUCUGUCAGCAUAAAAAUGUUCUUUACGCACAUGUUGGUUGGAGAGUACAUCAGCCAUCUCUUGACCUCAGGAGCAAAGAGGGCUUUGCCCACCAGUGUUACACUCUUGUUUCAAUGAAACACUAUGUAUAUCCUGUAAAUAAUGUCCAAUUAAAAUCAAAGAUAAUCUAUAA